AUGUUUAUUCUAAUUCUAAUCGCUUUUCUCGUUUCAUCCAUUAAUGCUGCGUCUAUAGUAUCUCGUUCCCAGUCCUACCCAUUAUCUCAGCCCGCCGUGCUCGGCCCCAAAACCAGACUGGCCGUAGGUAAUAAGGUCAUUGCUCCCGAUGGCUUCGAACGCUCAGCAACUCUUGUUGAUGGCGUAUUCCCUGGACCCUUGAUUGCAGCGCAGAAGGGAGAUCACUUUGAUAUCGAGGUAGCCAACGAGCUCACGGACGACUCGAUGUUCAAGGUUACCAGUGUCCACUGGCACGGUCUCUACCAGAAUGGAACGAACUAUGCCGACGGGGCUUCCUCCGCACUUAUUGGUAUCACAGUCAUUAUUCCGUCCAAUAUGAAAUGUGAUGGUCUGAGGGGACCCCUGGUAAUAUAUGAUCCUCAGGACCCUUUGGCACACAUGUACGACGUCGACGAUGCAAGUACCGUGGUCACACUUGCCGACUGGUAUCAUACUGCGGCUACCGUCUUGCGCUACGUCAUAGGUAAUACUGCCAGCUCUACACUCGUCAAUGGACUCGGUCGAUAUGCUGGCGGACCCAUGUCUGAUCUUGCUGUAAUCAGUGUUGAGCAGGGAAAGCGGUAUCGCUUGCGCCUGGUUUCAAUGUCAUGCGAUCCAAACUUCCAGUUUUCCAUCGAUGGCCAUAACUUGACCGUCAUCGAAGCGGAUGGACAACUGACCGAACCUCUGAUGGUAGAUCAGCUCCAGAUUUUCGCGGGUCAGCGCUAUUCUGUGGUUCUGGUAGCCGAUAAGCCGGCGAUUAACUACUGGAUACGCAAUCUUCCUAAUACGAAUGAUGCAACCUACGAGGGAGGAACGAACUCUGCUAUUCUGCGCUACAAAGGCGCCCAAAAUGCCGACCCGACCACGGUCAAUCCUGCACCCAAGAACCCAUUGCAAGAGACCAACUUACAUGCUCUGAUAAAACCUGGCGCUCCUGGCAUUCCGGAGUAUGGGAAGGCUGACAUCAACCUCAACCUCUCAGUUGCCAACGUCUUUGGAACAUUUUAUAUCAAUAAUGUCACUUUCACACCCCCUACCGUUCCUGUUCUACUACAAAUUCUCAGUGGAGCUCAGGAGCCGUCUCAGCUGCUUCAAAAUGGGAGUGUCAUCGUUCUAGAAGCGAACAAAGUGGUAGAGUUGACACUGUCAACAACCGGUCGAGGUGGACCCCACCCAAUACACCUUCAUGGGCAUGCCUUCGAUGUCGUACAGAGCGCAGGCAACGGAACCUUCAAUUACGUGAACCCUGUUCGUCGCGACGUAGUAAACGCCGGCGGCAAUGGAGAACAAAUGGUGAUAAGAUGGACGACCGACAACUCUGGCCCCUGGUUCUUGCAUUGUCACAUUGACUGGCACCUCGAUGCAGGUUUCGCCGUGAUAAUGGCGGAAAGUCCUUCGGACACUCGCACACAGUUGAUUGAAUCCAUGCCACAUGAUUGGGAUCAGUUAUGUCCGAUCUUUGACUCUCUAUCACCCUCACAGUUGGGAGGCGGGGGUCGCAAGUCCUAUGAAGAAGCAGCUAAUAUUUCCACUCUCCUCUUCCCACCAUCACCUCUUCACUAAAUAUGGUGGUGGGCGUCCUUGAGCGUCCUUGAGCGUCCUGAUCGCUUUGGUUUCUUGGGGGGCAUAAUGUCUGCAGGACAAACUGAUGUCACACGGA